GAAGCUUAUUGUGAUUACAACAGUGGAGGAUGUUCCUAUCCAUCACCUUACAAGCGGCUGUUCUCUGAUUACCAUUAAGCAUGGCCACGCCCGCACUUAACUUCUGACAGUGGGGAAAGAGGCUGUGUGUGAUAGCUUGGAAGGUUUACUACUGCCUCAAGUCCUCUUCUCUGCAGUUGAGGUUUCAGGUUUCAAUCCUCCCAAUACCACAAGACAGAGCACCGGGCGGCUGCCGCCUCCGCCUCCGCCUCCGCGCCUUAACCUAGGCGGCUUGCCGAAGAUUUCAGCCCCGCGGCCGCGCACUUGCCCUGCCCUAGACCAGGGUUGGGCGCAGCGGCGGAGGUUGCUUCUGGGCUGCGCGAGCUGCGCGCGCUGGGAGGCGGCCAUCGCAGCUGGGCCGGGACUUCCUUCCUCCACCGCACGACAACAAAACAACCCUGCAGCAGGCACUGAGUGCUUGGCAGCUGUCUGGGCGAGAGGCACAGCGAUGGGCUCCGUGCUGAGCAGCGACAGCGGCAAAUCGGCUCCCGCCUCUGCCACCCCGCGGGCCCUGGAGCGCAGGGGGGACCCGGAGUUGCCCGUCACGUCCUUCGACUGCGCCGUGUGCCUUGAGGUGUUACACCAGCCUGUCCGGACCCGCUGUGGCCACGUAUUCUGCCGUUCCUGUAUUGCUACCAGUCUAAAGAACAACAAAUGGACCUGUCCUUAUUGCCGGGCAUAUCUUCCUUCAGAAGGAGUUCCAGCAACUGAUGUAGCCAAAAGAAUGAAAUCAGAGUAUAAGAACUGCACUGAGUGUGACACCCUGGUUUGCCUCAGUGAAAUGAGGGCACAUAUUCGGACCUGUCAGAAGUACAUAGAUAAGUAUGGACCACUACAAGAACUUGAGGAGACAGCAGCGAGGUGUGUAUGUCCCUUUUGUCAAAGGGAACUGGAUGAAGACAGCUUGCUGGAUCACUGUAUUACUCAUCACAGAUCGGAAAGGAGGCCUGUGUUCUGUCCACUUUGCCGUUUAAUACCCGAUGAGAAUCCAAGCAGCUUCAGUGGCAGUUUAAUAAGACAUCUGCAAGUUAGUCACACUUUGUUUUAUGAUGAUUUCAUAGAUUUUAAUAUAAUUGAGGAAGCUCUUAUCCGAAGAGUCUUAGACCGGUCACUUCUUGAAUAUGUGAAUCAGUCGAACGCCACAUAAUUUUAUUAAAACGAAGGGAAAAGGGACCACUGAAUUGCACCAUUUAAGAUGCUGCUUGAACAAAUUGAAGGGAAGUUGUCAGUGCUUGAUGGGCAAAAAUGUACAACACAGUUAUAUGUUUGUCCAUGUUUAUUGUUAUAGUGCAUUUAAAAACUGCUUUAAUUUUGAUGAUUUAAAUCUGUUUUACAUCCUUGAGAUUCCUACACAUCUAACAAAAAAAAAACUGUCUAUAUCAGUCGUUAUUAUAUGGAAAAGACACAUGGUAGGCAAGUGGGUGGAGGAUCUCGGUUUGCAAAUUAGAUAACACUCUGUGUAUAAUGCUACAUAUUAAUAACUACCAUCAUGGUUAGGCACGAUAACUGAUCUUUGUUCUAUGUAAAAAAAUAGAGAGUGAAACAAAAUGCAGACAUUCAAAGAAAUAAGAAGUCUGCUCCAAUGCUCUUGCUCUAAUCUCUAAUAGAUUAACAUUAAUAAUCUUGUACGGGAGUUGGAAAGGAAAAUUUUGGAAGUCAAGAAAGUCCAUUUAGGCCGGACGCAGUGGCUCACGCUUGUAAUCCCAGCACUUUGGGAGGCUGAAGCAGGUGGAUCACGAGGUCAGGAGUUCGAGACCAGCCUGGCCAACACUGGUCUCUGUGAAACCCCGUUUCUACUAAAAAUACAAAAAUUAGCUGAGUGUGGUGGUGGGCGCCUAUAAUCCCAACUACUUGGGAGGCUGAGGCAGAAGAAUCGCUUGAAUCCAGGAGGCAGAGGUUACAGUGAGCCGAGAUCAUGCCAGUACACUCUAGCCUGGGUGACAGAGCUAGACUCCAUCUCAAAAAAAAAAAAAAAAAAUCCAUUUAACCAAAUUAUAUUACAUAAUACUGUAACAAAAUAAGUUUUGUGUUAGAAAAGUAUACUUAAUUCUUUGACUUUUUAUAACUAUGCAUACAUAAGAAUUCAAUAUUUUUCAAAUAUUUGUAGUUUAUUUUGAAAUAUUUCUAUAAUAUAGGCAAUUUCUUAAAAACCAUCAGGUGAUACUUACAGUAGAAGUAUUCACAUCCAAACUUUUUAGUAUAAAACCCUAAGGGUUUUGAUUUCUUUUUUGAUUGUAACAUUUUAAAAAUUAUGAAAUAAAAGUACUGAAAGCUAGACACAAAAUUUAUAGCUGAAUGCUUUAUUAUAAGGAAAUACUCUUUUAGGGCUCAGCCAGUCACCCCACAUGUCCUUUUUGUGUCCUGUCAACAAUUACAACCCCACAAAAGUAACCACUAGACUGAUUUAAAUGGUAAUCACUUUGUUGCAUUUGAUUACUGCUGUAACACCUAAAUGCAUAUAUCUAUAUUUUAAUAUUAUCAAUUUAAAAUUAUUAAAUGUAUAUUUUAUUUUACAUCUCUUUUUUAAUCUAGAAGUUCCUCCUUCUUUCCAGUUCCUUAGAAUUUACCUGGUGAAGAACCUGAUCCUAGGACCUGUAGAGUUUCACAUACUUUGUAUUUUGCUGAUUGCACACUCAUGGCACAGUUCAGCACAUUCCCCUGUCCUCUAGAUAUCAGCACACGGGGCAGGUUCAGGCACAUUGAAUUUGAGAAGACUUUGGUUCAGUCCUUUGGCAAGACUGUAAAUCAUGGUGUGUUCUUUCUUUUCUUUUCUUUUCUUUUUUUUUUUUUUUUUGAGACAGAGUUGCACUCUGUUGCCCAGGCUGGAGUGCAGUGGCAUGAUCUUGACUCACUGCAACCUCCAU